CUAUAAUAACACUACCCCCUUUUCCUGCUUUCUUCUUCUUCACUACUCCCCUUUCUUCACCUUCUUCUUCUUCAAUGGCUCCUCUUUCUUCCCCCUUCACCAUUCUCUGCCUCCUUCUUCUACACUACUGCUGUGUCUCUGCAUCGGGGUCACAUAGCCGCCCAAACCUUCACCAUAGAACGCCAUUGUUGCAGGCAAACCUGAGCUCUUGUUCUCUGUUCGUGGGCAGUUGGGUUCUUGACGAGACAUAUCCUAUCUACCAAUCCUCCGAUUGCCCUGCCAUUAUUGACCCAGAGUUCAACUGCCAAAUGUACGGCCGACCCGACACUGACUACCUCAAAUACCGGUGGAAACCGGCGAAUUGCGACGUUCCCAGGUUCAACGGGCUGGAUUUUCUGGAGAGAAUGCGAGGGAAGACCGUGAUGUUUGUGGGCGACUCUCUGGGGCUCAACCAAUGGGAGUCGUUGAUUUGCAUGGUCUCAGCUUUCGUCCCAAGAUCACAGACUAAGAUGAUCAGGGGUGACCCUCUCUCAGCUUUCAAAUUCUUGGAUUAUCAAGUGACAGUGUCGUUUUACAGAGCGCCUUACCUGGUAGACAUAGACUCAGUGCAGGGGAAAAGAAUACUGAAACUAGACGACAUUAGUAGGAAUGGGAUUGCUUGGAAGAAUGCAGAUGUUCUUUCUUUCAAUACAGGGCACUGGUGGGUCCACAAAGGCAAUCUGCAGGGGUGGGACUACAUGGAAUCAGAAGGGAAGUUGUACCAAGAUAUGGAUAGGUUGGGUGCUCUUGAAAAGGGUUUGAGAACAUGGGCCAGCUGGGUUGAAUCUAAUGUUGAUAGAAGCAGAACCAGGCUGUUUUUCCAAGGAGUCUCCCCCACUCAUUACAACCCCCGUGAGUGGAGCGCGGGCACAGUGACGGCAUCAAAGAGCUGUUACGGGGAGACGGCGCCGACAGCGGUGACAGGCGGGGCAUACCCGGGGGUAUACCCGGACCAAAUGAAGGUGAUAGAAGCGGUGAUAGGGAACAUGAGCUACCCUCGGCCAUUCUUGCUGGACAUAACACUAUUAUCGGCUAUGAGGAAAGAUGCACACCCUUCAAUAUAUAGUGGGGAUCUCACCCCAGAGCAAAGGGCUAACCCUGACCACUCUGCUGAUUGUAGCCAUUGGUGCCUUCCUGGCUUGCCUGAUACUUGGAAUCAGUUGUUCUAUACUGGACUUUUCUUCUGAGAGUCUGAUUUGUUCCACUCAUCAUCAUCUUACACAAGUCUUUAUAGGAUAAAUUAAAGUUCUUUGUUAUUCUUGUCAAAGUGUUUAGAGUAUUAUAUUCAACAAAAUGAUUAAUGUUUUA